AUGAGAAGCAAUCAACAAGCAUCACCGACGAAGUCUCACAAUGGGGAGCUAGCUGCAGGGCCUGCUGCCGUCGAGCCGGAAGCAAAAGGUCAACAAGACUUACAACAUGCCGUGGAUUUAUACCAGAAAGGCAUGGAGAUCGCACAUGGAGCGACGACCUUUGAAGAUCACUGCCGCGCGAUUGAAAGCUUCAGCUUGGCCAUUGCCAUCCGUCCAACUCAAGCUCGCUUCUUCCUCGCGCGUGGUAAUGCGUUUCGUGCUAUUGGAGAACUUGAACGUGCUGCGAAGGACUACGGGUCUGCUAUCCAACUUGACGACCGUAGUGCGCUCUACUACGCCAACCGAGGAGCUUGCUAUCGUAAGCUCAACCAUACGGCCAAAGCUCUCGAAGACCUCACCAGCGCGAUCGAACUGGACGGACGAAAGGCUCCCCACUACUUCAACCGUGCUCUUGUACUCCAUGAUGCCGGAUUCUAUCGCGAGGCUAUCAUUGAUUUCUCGAAAGCGUUGGAAGAUGGAUCUACGGCGGCAAAUGCUGCUCCUAAUAGCAUAGGAGCCCCUGGCGGUGGAAUCGGCCUUCGGAUUGAGUAUCGCGCCUUACAGAGUCGUGCCAACUGCUACCGGCGACUUGGCCUCUUGUCGAAAUGUAUUGAAGACUUGCAGGCUGCUAUCAAACUGGAUCCUCGCAAUGCGUCUGCUUUCAGUGCUCUAGCACUCGCCCAUUUUGAAUGUGGUGACUUCGAACGCGCCGCCGACGAGUUUACGCAAGCCAUUGAGCUUAACUCGGGCAAUGCCAGCUACUUCAGCUAUCGCGGACUGUGCUAUUACCGUCAAGGCCAAGAAGCUGCCGCAAAACAACGACAACAGCAGAAUGCUCCAUCAAACCUUACCAGUGGCAUGGGGAUUUUCGCGCGGCAGUGUUUGGCAGACUUCAACAGGUGCAUUCAGCUUGAUGGUCGCGAUCCGCAAGCGUAUUUUUACCGAGGCUCUGUGAGACUUGCACUGGCGUUAGAUCUGGAUCAAGCAUCUACGGCUACACCCACAAGUAACACAAUUACGACAGAGCCAAAGGCAAUCAGCACACCAAAUGUUGCUUGUAAGGGUGUAAGCGAAAGUGGCGAACCUACCUCCAAUGUGGUCGUCCUUCCGGUAUCGACUGUGAGCUUCAUGUCUGCCGCGGAACAACUGGAAGCCGCAUUUGCUGAUAUUGAAAUGGCCUGUACGUUAUGUCCCAGUGGUAUACCGUAUCAAAUAGGCAUGGCCAUGAUCAUGCAGCUGAAGCAGCAACACUCUGAAGCUCGAUCCAUGCUUGAAGCGAUCGCAUCGAGUUCUUCGGAAACCCGCAAGAGUGUCUUGGUCCAAUUUCACACAGCGCUUUGCUGUCAUGCUCUCGGUGACUAUGAGCGUGCAGUGGAAUUGCUAACCGAUGCUCUUGACGUACUCCCAGAUGAACCGAUCUUCCUCGAAGCUCGCGGGCUCAUAUUGCAAGAAAUGCGGGUGCAUCCUCUAGCACUUGCGGACUUCGCACGUGCGCUGGAACUUCUCGAAGGAUACGAAGACCGCAAAGCGAACAUGAAUCAACUUCUGGGGCUUCGAUAUCUGCGAGGAGAAAGCGCGCUAAGACUUGGACGCUAUCAGGAUGCCGUUGAUGACUGCAGCGCUGCUAUUGCUGGCGGGUAUACUGCCGACAUGGCAGCACACAAUGCUCGCGCCAUGGCAUAUCGAGGUCUCAGUGACUACGAUAGAGCUCUCCUGGAUCUCAACGUUUGCGUGGCACAAGCCCCGAAAAAUGACAUCUUCCGCUUCCAUCGGGCGCUGUGUCUGAUGGAAUGUUCUCGUUACUCUGAAGCUCUGCCGGAUCUCCAUGAGACUGCAACUCGAAACUCCACGGACACAAAGCUGCUUUACUACAUGGGGCUGUGCUAUUAUCACGAACGCCAGCCCAGUGAAUGUGUAGUCUUCUUGAAGCGCGCUCUAGUAUGUAAACCCACGCAGGACUUGCUCCCUCACUUGUACUAUCACAUGGGGCUUUCAUACGCACUGGAAGGCCAGAACAUGUCCGCUGUUGAACAUUUCACGAAUGCUUACGAUCACUGCCUGCUUGUGGAAAAGAGCGUCAAAGCAGGAAACAACCAGGAAGACGAGCUUCACGAAGCCAGUAACAAGCAGAGUCAGCUUCAGCAACUUCACGAAGCGCAGCUCAUGUACAUCCACGAGCGUGCCAAAGCCUUGCAACUUGAGCGUUACCACGCCGAAGCCCUCGCCGACUUCUCCUUUGUCAUAAAGAAGCAACCAACCAACGCGCACGCGUACUUCCGUCGUGGUUUCGCUCACAAAGCACUUGGCAAUUUCAAGGCUGCAGCGCACGACCUCCAAACUGCUCGGCUACUCGAUCCAAACAACCUGCAACUUGUCGUCAAUUACAAGGAGCUACGAGAUGUCGAGUGUAUUGUACUCUGUCCUCCAGGCGAGGAGAAGCGCUUCUAA